GAAUAAAGACUGGAAGAAAAUAGGCCAAAAAGGACGAAAAAUUGAGCCACGGGUUAUCUUCAGAUGCUAUUCACAGGGUAUAUGUUCCAAGACCACCCAGUGGAUGCCGGAAACCUUGAUCCACAUCAUAGAUUUUGACGAUGAAAACAACAUUAUAAAUAAAAAUGUCCUCCUCCAUCAAGCGGGUGAAAUCUGGCACAUUAGUGCUAGCCCUGCAGACAGAGGCGUGCUGGCGACCUGCUACAACAGAACUUCAGACAGCAAAGUCCUGACAUGUGCAGCCGUGUGGAGGAUGCCGAAGGAAUUGGAAUCAGGCACCCACGAGUCCCCCGAUGAUUCAUCCAGCGCGGCGCAGACCCUGGAGCUGCUCUGUCACCUUGACAACACAGCCCACAGCAACAUGGCCUGUGUCGUGUGGGAGCCAAUGGGAGAUGGGAAGAAAAUCAUUUCAUUGGCCGAUAACCAUAUCCUGCUGUGGGAUUUACAGGAAAGCUCAAGCCAGGCUGUGCUGGCCAGCUCAGCCUCCCUGGAAGGGAAGGGACAACUGAAGUUCACCUCGGGACGGUGGAGUCCGCAUCACAACUGCACCCAGGUGGCCACAGCGAACGACACCACCCUCCGUGGCUGGGACACCCGGAGCAUGAGCCAGAUCUAUUGCAUAGAGAAUGCCCACGGACAGCUGGUGCGGGAUCUUGACUUCAAUCCCAACAAGCAGUACUACUUGGCCAGCUGCGGAGACGACUGUAAGGUGAAGUUCUGGGACACCCGAAACGUCACCGAACCCGUGAAGACCCUGGAGGAGCACUCCCACUGGGUGUGGAACGUCCGCUACAACCACUCUCACGACCAGCUGGUCCUCACUGGCAGCAGUGACAGCAGAGUCAUCCUUUCCAACAUGGUGUCCAUCUCGUCGGAGCCCUUCGGCCACUUGGUAGACGACGAUGACAUCAGUGACCAGGAGGACCACCGUUCCGAAGAGAAGAGCAAGGAGCCCCUGCAGGACAACGUCAUCGCCACCUACGAGGAGCACGAGGACAGCGUCUACGCUGUGGACUGGUCCUCGGCCGACCCGUGGCUGUUUGCCUCCCUGAGCUAUGACGGGAGGCUCGUGAUCAACAGGGUGCCCAGGGCCCUGAAGUACCACAUCCUGCUGUGACUCCCGGGCCUGAGUUAUCCAGGUUCCAUUGGGGGUUAUGCUCUUGGCAGGUUCUCAAACAGUCACAGCUCUUUGGCGGUGACUCAUUUUCCAGGUGCUCCCUCUCUGGGAGAGCCGCUGUCCCCUUCCUCUAGCAGCAGCGUUUAUGAAUGGGGUGAAUGGAGCUGUUGUGGACGGCACAGCUGACGCCCGAACCCAGCCCCUGUCGGCAGAGACGGAGCCCCACAUUGUUAUGUGAAUAACAACGUUUUCUGUUUUAAGGGUGUUAGGAGUUUCACUUUUUAAAAAAAUGUUCCUGCAAUAGUAGCUCUUCUUUCUCUUCAGAGUAAACAGUGAAAUAAAAUAAAUCCACGCUGCA